UCUCCCUAUCAUACUCAUGUUAGGUGGAUAGGAAACAACAGGUGUCUGCAUGUCAGUGUGAUACAGAGUCUAGAUAUUUGAGGUUUGAGGCAGAUUUCUUGUUCAUUUUGUAAUUUUUAUUAAUAAGUAUUUGGGCAUUCUGUACAGCUGUGCUGAUUGGAAAACCAAAACAUUUAGACUUAACAGACAAACUGCAGAGUUUUGAUUUGAAGUCAUACAGGAUUGUCAGCCAGUGAACAUGACGAACCAAUCAGCUCUCAUCCUAAAGAUGGCCUUGCUGCUGCUGCUGCACGGCACAGAUGCAAAGAUGGACAUCAUUAGCAGUAAGCAAGAUGUUCUGGUGGGAGAAGAGAUCUUACUGUUGUGUAAAGCUGGGGGAGAGGGAGACAUAACGUGGAGAAAGGAUGGGGAAGAAAUCGAAGAAGACAAGGUGUCAAUGGUGGAUGAGACUUCCUCUAAAUUGGACAUUAAGAACGCUACGAUGAAGGAUAUGGGGAGAUAUACUUGUGCGUGUGAUUUCGAAAGUGGACACCGCGAUGACGUUUCGACACAGCUGUAUGUUUACGAGGGUCCAUCAUUUGGAAGCACCACCACCUACCAUGAGUUUCUAGAGGGCACAGAUGGUGUGGUGCCAUGCCUGGUGACUGGCCAGCCAGCGGUGGAUGUUCACUGGCUCAGAGACAAAGAAGAUAUCUCCACUAAUGUCGGAAAGCGUGUGCGUCAGCUGCCUGAUAACACAGUCCUCAUUGAAAAAGUGAAGAGGGAGGAUGCUGGGACAUAUGUGUGUCAGGCCCAGAUCAGAGGAAGGCCCAUCUAUAAGCAACUCUCCGUCUCUGUUGUCAUCAAUGCUCCUCCUUCUGUGCAUCUGAGAGAAGAGGUGAAAAAAGUGAUGGCCGGAUCAGAAACCAACGUUUCCUUGCUGUGUUUGGUUGAUGGUCUACCAAAACCCAACAUCACCUGGACCAUACCGAGGCUGUUUGACCCUUCACAUCAUCAGUUUAACUCAGACCGCAGCCAGUUGACUAUAAAGUCUGUUGACAGGGCUGACUUCGGAGAGUACAUCUGCACCGCCACCAACAAGAUCGCUGAGAGCAGUGCUACCAUUAUGCUUCAUGUUUAUGAGGCCCCAGAGGUGUUUGUGUCAGCAGAGAAGCAGAACGUAUCAGUGGGCGAGCGUGUGUCUGUGUCCUGUAACGUCUCUGGCCAUCCUCAGCCUGAGCUACACUGGAUCAACAAGCACAAUGGACGCACACUGGACUCUGCCUCUGGUCGUGUCCGUGUCGAUGAUGGUGCGUUGGUGAUUGAUGAAGUAGUGCCCUCUGAUGGUGGACUGUAUUCCUGCAUGGCUGUCAGCACCUCUGGAAAUGCAUCAAGAGACGUUGCAAUACACACCCAGCCCGGUCGGCCACUCUACCUGUCAGUUUCACCUGGACCAACCUCAGUCAUUUUCUCCCUUAAAACCCCUCCCAUCAGUGGAGGAACACCGAUCACAAGUUUCGUCCUGCAGUGGAGGCAAAGUGAAGCAGAACAGUGGAAGAAGAUUGCAGUCGCAGCCUCAGAUCCCCUAGCUAUCACCACCCUCAAGCCGUACACAUUGUACACAGUACGCUUGGCUGCCCUGAAUAUAGUGGGAGUGGGACAGUUCUCAGACACAAAUGCCGUCCAAACCCAGGGAAUACAGGGUGAACCAGACAGUCCAGUUUUGUCGUCCAAUAAGAUGAAAAUAGAGGGAAACUCUUUCUAUGUCCCUCUUGAACAGUUAGAUAAUGGUGGAUCUCCUCUGCUGCACUUCGACAUACGAUACAGACAGGAUAAAGAGAUGACUGAGUGGAAAGACACGCAGCUGUCGUCUGAUGCUGACUCUGUCUCCCUUCAAGACCUGUCCUACGGCUCAGACUAUAGACUGGAAGUCACAGCGGUCAACGCUAAUGGUUCCUCUAUCCCUGCCGUGUUCAACUUUACCAUCGCAGAACAGCCUGUGAGCAGCACGCGCAGACAAAAGCGCGUGGGCUGGUCGAUCAUGGUGAUCUUCCUGGUGGUAACGGCAAGACAAGAGGUGGAACUGGAAAGGGGCUAUUAA